GGUUCUGACUCUGUUCACCUCAUCCUGGAGGACUCGCAAAACGUUCCGUGAAGGAGCUGCAGGACGACGUUUGGUCCAGAGAUCAGAGCCGCACCUGUUCUGCAGAAAACCUGGAGAGAGCGAGAACUGACGCCAACAAUGAAACUGGAUGCAUCUCCGACUGUGCUGCUGUUUGCCAUCUGUUUUCUCGUCCCGCCGUCGUCCUCUGCUCCCCCCACAGAGUCAGAUGACUCAAAACUCCUCCAGGUGACCAUCCCCAGCAGCCCACCUGUCCUUGCGGUGCUGGGUGGUGCUCUGACGUUACCCUGCCUGGUGUCACUUGCCCACCCACCACCGUCCCCUCCUUCCAAUGGCCGCUACGCCGUCCUGUCCGUUCCCCGGAUCAAGUGGAGUGUCCUGAGGGAUAGUCAAGAGACGGAGAUCUUGGUGGCCCGUGGAGACAGAGUGAAGGUCAGCGAGGCCUACAAAGAUAGAGCGACGCUUCUCAAUUACGCCCACUCCCCUGCAGACCUCACCCUGCGCCUGGAGAGCCUGAGGCAGAAUGACACCGGCUUCUACCGCUGCGAGGUGCAGCAGGGCCUGGAGGACGCUCACGACAUGGCUCAGAUUGUGGUGAAAGGUGUGGUGUUUCAUUAUCGUGAUGCAUCCAGCCGCUACGCCUUCACCUUCGAGCGAGCUAAAGAGGCCUGCAGAGAGAUCGGGGCUGACAUCGCCACGCCGGAGCAGCUCCUAGCAGCCUAUCACAGCGGAUACGAGCAGUGUGACGCAGGCUGGCUCUCAGAUCUAUCAGUGAGAUAUCCCAUUCAGAGGCCGAGAGAGGGCUGUUUUGGAGACAUGGACGGCAUGCCAGGAGUGAGGAACUAUGGAGUGGUAGAGUCUGAUGAGCUCUAUGACGUUUAUUGUUAUGUGGAGAACAUUAAAGGCGAGGUGUUUCCUGGCCCCGCCCCCCAGCGUUUCACAUUCGGGGAGGCCAAGGCUUACUGUGUGAGUCACGGAGCGGAGCUGGCCACCACCGCUCAGCUCUACGCCGCCUGGAAUGAUGGAUUGGAUCACUGCAGUCCAGGCUGGCUGGCAGACGGAAGCGUAAGGUACCCUAUUGUCACCCCCACGGAGCGUUGUGGAGGAGGAGAACCAGGAGUGAAAACCCUUUAUCAAUACAGCAACCAGACAGGUUUCCCUGAGCAUCACUCCCAGCAUGACGUCUACUGCUUCAGAAGUUAUCACGGCUUUUACACGGAAUCUCCUCUGGAUUUCCUCGCCACUGAGCCAGAAGACAUUGGCCAGGAUAUUCUUUUCUCCACAACUCAGGAAGAUGUCAGUAUUGGUGACGCAUUUUUCAACCAAAAUGAAAGAAUGCAAAGUACCCAGACGACAAAUCCCACAGAGGAGGAUCCCAUUGAUGCUGAGUCCAGAACAGAAGAUUCUGAUAAGGAUCCAUCCUCCACGAAAGAGCCUUUUCAGACUCUGGUUCCUCUCUCUGAGCAUCCAGAAAGCCCAUCCACCCACAACACCGAUGAGGAGGUUAAGAAGGCCAGCCACCCUGAGUCCUAUCAGCCCAGACCAUCACACAGCCCAGAUGCAGUUCAUGAAAAUCCUGAUACCUCCUCUCCUCGUCUCAACAUCUCAGUUACUGAUAAGGAUGUCCCUUCACAUCUGAAUGAAAGCACGGAUCCCACAGACAUUUCUGAAACUGAAAGCCCGGUUCUGUUACUGCUGAAUGCCACAUCUGAGCUAGAGGAGGUGCAUCAGGAGGAGAAAGAUCUCCCUGUUUCCCAAGAGGACCACACUUCACACAUUCAUCUGGAUCACUCAUCUUUAACUCAGUCUAUAGUUCCAGAGCAGCUACAAGAAGCUACAGCUGAUUCUACAGAGGAAAUGUUCGCCGUGACGACUUUAUCGCACACGGAGGGAACAGAGGUUCACUUUGUGACUCUGUCUGCGAGCUUUGAUCACAGCGAAGCUGAGAGCCACGAAGCAGAUGAGGAGACGGCAAAUCCUCCUCCAGGAGGGGAAACAGAGAGUCACAGAUUCAGCAGCGCUGCUGCUGCUGAAGUCAGCAUGACUCCUGAUUCAGGCUUUGAUCCCACUCACGGACCCUCGGUUAUAACAUCAGAGUCCUUCGUCUCUGUGGACCACAGGGACUUUGAAGUUGGCAGCGCUUCAGGAGACGCAGCAUCAUAUGAUCCUACAGACCAAAGUGGACACAUGAAUCCCACUCAAAUCUAUACAGAAGAGGUGAUCCAAGUCACAGACUACUCAAGCGCCAACAUUGAUGCUCCUGUCCUCAAGCAACAUCCGUUCACUCUGCUGGCUUCUCCCAUCUUUGUAACGCCGUCUCCACCCUCUGUGGAGGUGGAGGUCAGGUCCCUUGAGGCUGGAGCAGUCCUGCCAGAAAUCAGCGUUUCAGUUGAGCUUCAAGCUGCUGAGGAAAAUCAGGAUAUCCAAGUUUGGAGAUCAGAGAAGAGAGAAGGACUGGGGUCAGAGGAAUCGUCAGGAGAAAAUCCACACAUGAAACCAGAACUCAUUAUGGCAAACAUAACUCUCUCAGAGGAUGUCACUGAUCCUCCUUUAACACCGGAGAUGAAAAUUUCUCCCAUAUCUCAUCCUGCUCUUAAACACAGCUGGGAUCGAAGCUCCUCCACCUUCACGCCUCAGGAAUCUCGCUCUGAUCUGGAUCAGGAAUCUCACUCUGAUCCGGAUCACAGAACAGAGAGAUUUGAUGAAGACGGUCAUGAGCAGAACAUCACCACGCACAACACCAAGGAGCAUGAACCUACAGAUGAUGAUGAUGAUGAGAGGGAACACAGCACAGACGAGCCCUCAGUGAACUUGUGCACAUGGCGUCCUAAAGAGGAGGACACUUCAGCGCUCACAACAGACGGCGGGGAUGAGACCGUUGCUGCUCCCACCUUUCACCCCAGGACCUUUAGAAAAGACACGGAGGGGGAGGCAGUCAUGGGCCCAUCCCUUCCUGCUGUCAAGGUUUCUGCUACGAGACACGGAGACAGUCCAGACUCUUGCACCGAGAACCCGUGUCGGAACGGCGGCACCUGUGUUGAGACUCAGCCCAUCCGGUGCCUCUGUUUACCUAGUUACAGCGGGGACUUUUGUCAGACAGAUGUGGAGGAGUGUGAGCCGGGCUGGGAGAAGUUCCAGAGCUUUUGCUAUCGUCACUUCAGCAAACGGCAGAGCUGGGAGGCGGCGGAGCAGCACUGCCGCAUGUGCGGAGGACAUCUGCUUUCUGUCAUGACCCCUGAAGAACAGGGCUAUAUCAACGACAAAUUCAGAGAAUAUCAGUGGAUUGGACUGAAUGACAGAACCAUUGAGGGAGACUUCCGCUGGUCAGACGGAAACCCUCUGCUCUACGACAACUGGUUUAAAGGGCAGCCUGACAGCUACUUCCUGUCUGGCGAGGACUGUGCGGUGAUGGUGUGGCACGAUGGCGGCCGCUGGAGCGAUGUGCCGUGCAACUACCACCUGUCAUACACCUGCAAGAAGGGUGUCUCGUUCUGCGGUGAACCCCCCCUCAUUCACCAUGCUAAGACUUUUGGAAAAAAGCGUCAACGCUAUGAGAUCAACAGCAAGUUGCGGUACUACUGCGAGGAGGGGUUCGUGCAAAAACUCAACCCUGUCAUCACGUGUCUGCCUGGCGGUCAGUGGGAGGAGCCUCUGAUCACCUGCAUUCCAACUCAUUCAGCUCAGGAGGACUCUGUUACUUCACAGCCGGACCAGCAUGAGGAUGUCAUUGGUGCCGCUGCUGAGAAAGACGGCCCGCUUUUCUGGGAUAUCAAAUGGAAUAUUUAAAACUGUCCGUGUUGUUUUGUUUUUGUUCAAAGCAACAUUUUCAUUUAUUGUUUUGACUCACUUUCUUUGUGCCUCACAGGGGGGUUCUUUUGAGUUUCAGUGUAAUUUUAAAUUUAUUAAAGGAAAAAAACAAGAUCCUAAAUUUGAAGUCCUAUGAAGACCACAUGUUCAAUAUUCCUGGACAUUUUAAAUGCGCUUUGAUCCAAAUAUAAUACAAAAAUAUCCAGUUAAGCAGAAAGAGUUUGUCUAACAAGUGAAACAUUAGUAAAACCUGCUUUUAUGAAUUUGAUAAAUAAAAAUCUUUAAAUUUG